UCGGACCAUGCGGAAGUAGAGUUGAUAACUUCCUGAGUCAACGCUCCUCCGGUUCAAAUCUGAAGCGAAGCAACUCCUAAACAUUGACAGCGUAGGCUAUUAUAAAUUUUGUUCGGGAUUCAGGGUAUAUUUAACAAUGGAUGGCUCUGUAUCAAAUGUGGAGGUCUGUAAUUUUGCUUACACGGGGCAGUUAGAAAAAUUAAAGCAGUGUAUUCUGUCAGAUAAAACGCUUGCCUGCAAAACGGACCAGGACCGUAGAACCGCCCUUCACUGGGCUUGUUCUGCUGGCCACACCGACAUCGUGGAGUUUCUGCUUGACCUGGGAGUUGAAGUGAAUCUGCAAGAUGAUGCUUCGUGGACCCCUCUUCACAUCGCUGCAUCUGCAGGCAGAGAAGACAUAGUGAGAUCUCUAAUAUCCAAAGGAGCUCAGCUGAAUUCAGUUAAUCAAAAUGGAUGCACCCCUCUGCACUAUGCCGCCUCUAAAGACAGAUAUGGGAUUGCCUUGCUGUUGCUGGAAAACGGAGCAGACCCUAACGCCACCGACAAGUUGGAGUCCACUCCCCUUCACAGAGCGUCCGCCAAGGGCAACUACCGCCUCAUCCAGCUGCUUCUCAAACAGAGUGCCUCAACCAAUAUCCAGGACUCACAGGGCAACACACCACUCCACCUGGCAUGCGAUGAGGAGCGUGUGGAAGCAGCCAAGUUGCUGGUAGAACAUGGAGCCAGCAUCUACAUUGAGAACAAGGAGGAGAAGACCCCCCUCCAGAUAGCCAAAGGUGGUCUGGGCAACAUACUUCGCCGGAUCGUGGAGGGAUGAUGCAUUUACUGACCUACAAGUUAUAUUCUGGCUCAAAUCCCCACCAUCGCCAAGUUAAAUUAUGAAAAUUCUCAUCCCACUCAAUCCUCCUUGCCUGGUUUGACACAUUCAUAUGUGUAAUGGGCGGAAGAUGAGACAGCGUCAGGGAGAAAAGUUGGACUGAACUGCAUUAGUCCAACAGCUCCUCAGUUUGGGAUUUGAAGCUGCACGGACCAUAGAUGUCCGAUCAAAAACACCAUCCUGCACUAAGCGCAGUCUAACAUGCAGCCCAUUUUCUAUUAAGUUUGAAUUGUUGCAAAAAAGACUCAAUAAAAAUCUGUGUUCAGCCUCUUAA